AUGUGCUCCAGCAGUUCAAAUACAUUCUGCACAUAUUGUGUUGCUUCCAGCUACAACAAAACAAGGAGCUUUAAAUCAGCUGAAGUUGGUGAAGACGUCACUUUGGACUGUUUCUAUGAAGAUGAGUCUAUAAUGAUGCUAUACUGGUACAAACAGAUUCUGGGACAGAAUCCAAAGCUCAUGUGUAAGUUCUACAAGCAUGACAGCUCUGAUAAAGUGAAAAGUGGUUGCAAACUGAGUGAUGAAUUUAAGAAUGAUACAGGAUUUAUACCGGAAAUUACCGCAGGUAAAAAACAUUUGAAUAUCUCAGACGUGCAAAUUUCAGACUCAGCAACUUACUUCUGCAUAACAGGCUUUUUAUACUCAUAUGAGUUUAUGGAGAGCAUCACUCUCAGUGUGAAAAGUUCAGGGUCUAACAUCCAGGCUGUGGUGCAUCAGUCUGAGAGCAUCCAGCCAGGAGGCUCUGUGACUCUCAGUUGUACAGUUCAUACUGGGACCUGUGAUGGAGAACACAGUGUUUACUGGGUCAAGAACUCUGAAGAACCUCAGCCAGGACUCAUUUACACCCACGGAGACAGGAACAAUCAGUGUGAGAGGAAACCCGACACACAGACACACACCUGUGUCUACAACUUGUCAAUGGAGAGACUGAAUGAUUCUCAUGCUGGGACCUACUACUGUGCUGUCGCUGCAUGUGGACACAUUGUUUUUGGAGACGGGACCAAAGUGGAUUUUGAAGAGGUGGUGGACUAUCUUCCCUUGGUGUAUUUCCUGAGCGGAGCUCUGGCGUUCACCACAAUCCUGGUUGUUUCUCUGGCUUACACAGCACAAAGAGCGCUCAAGACAAACCGCUGCCAGGGCUCAGCUGCAGCAGCUCUGAAUAUGGAGGGUCAUCAAGAUGCAGACGACCCACAUUAUGCUGCUUUAAUGGAGCACAGCUUCAGCAGAGCAAGAAGACAAACAGGCGGUGACGGGAGUGAAUGCGUGUACACCAGUGUAAAGCAGUAG